CGGGGCUUGUUCUGCUCCGACCUUUGAGCCCAGCGGGGCGGGAGACGGAGCCUCUCAGACCGAGCAGAGUGAAGCUCAGCAUGGACACGGACAUCACUCAGGACGCGGUGCUGCAUUUCCUCCAGAGCAGCGGAGGUUCGGUGAAAAACUCCGACCUCUUGUUUCACUUCCGGCCCUUCCUCCGGGACCAUGCGGACCGGGACCGGAACCGGGAGCUCUUCAAGAAGUUCGUCAACUCCGUGGCCACCGUCAGACAGAUCGACGGAGUUUCUUUUGUGGUUCUCAGGAAGAAAUUUAAAGGUCAUGUCCCCGGUGAAGGGGGGUCCUCCGGGGCUCCGUGGCUGCACACUGGGAAGAAGAGCGAGCGCACGCCGGAAAACGCUCGCCGAAACCCGGGUACGACCGCGGAAAAGCCUCGGCAGAAACUGGAGGAGACAACACCCGCCCCGCCGGGAGAAACCACCCGGAAAACAAUCCUACCUGCAGCGGGGAUCAUGCUGAACAACAACAACAAUGUGGAGACGAAUCUGAACCUGAGACAGCCGCAGAUAAACAGCUCACCUGUUCAGGUAGAGAGUCAGAGCCCGGAGAGACCUGGACUGAAGGCUGGACCUGCUGCCCCGGUUCACAGCUCCAGACUGGGGCAGCAGAGAGCGAGUUCUGGUCCCGGUACCACAUCAGGAACCAGCCAGCCAGUCCCUGAACGCCUCAUGGGGACGCCUGAGGGUGCUCUUCAUCAGCAGCCUCCUCUUCAUCAGCAGCCUCGUUUCCAUCAAGAAUCUCAUCUUCAUCCAGAACGUCCUCUUCAUCCAGAACCUCCUCUUCAUCAGCAGGCUCCUCUUCAUCAGCAGCCUCGUCUUCAUCCAGAACCUCAUCUUCAUCAGCAGCCUCCUCUUCAUCAGCAGCCUCGUCUUCAUCAAGCACCUCGUUUCCAUCAAGAACCUCGUCUUCAUCAACCACCUCCUCUUCACCAGGAUCCUCGUCUUCAUCAGCAGUCUCCUCUUAAUAAGGAGCCUCGUCUUCAUCAACCACCUCGUCUUCAUCCAGAACCUCCUCUACGUCAGCAGUCUCCUUUUCAACCAGAACCUCCUCUUCAACCAGAACCUCCUCUUCAUCCAGAACCUCAUCUUCAUCAGCAGCCUCCUCUUAAUAAGGAGCCUCCUCUUCAUCAAGAACCUCAUCUUCAUCAAGAACCUUGUCUUCAUCCAGAACCUCCUCUUCCUCAGCAGCCUCCUCUUCCUCAGCAGCAUCAUGUCGUUCCACGUCGCAUCAGACACCGGCCGAGCUACAAAUCUGCUGUUUCUUAUGAUGACGACGAUGAGGAAGAUGAGGAGGUCCCGGUCAGACGAGGUUCAUCAGGAGGUGUGUGGCCCCUGAACGCACCCCUCGGAGACACUCUGAGGGCCAUUUCUGCCUCGUCGCCCUGCAUCGUGGACCCACCUGCUCCGUCCUCGCCUUCAUCAGAGAGGAAGCUGCCUCAGAUCUGCAUCCAGGACAUAGACCCGGUGGUGUCGACUCCUCGAGGUCCAGGAAGGAGGUCAGAACCUGCAUCUAGAUCUGGAUCUCCACGUCAAGCUGCAGAGGCGCCGUCGCACCACAACGUCCACCAGGACCUCCGGUACUUCCAGCCAGGAGGCGUCCAGGUGGAGCCCAGGCUUGAACCACAUCCCACCCAGAGACUCUCAUCCAGCUACAGCAGCAUCUUCCCCCCAUCUUCUGACGCCUCCUUCUCCAGCAAUGUCUUUCCUCCGUCUGGUUCCCCGAGAGCGUCGAGGUGGAACAGCAGCUCUGAGGAUCUGCAGGCGAGAGCAGCUGAGGAUAAAAUCCAAGAAGCGCUCCGGCGAAUCCAAGGACCAGAGCCUGAGCCUGUAAUGCACCACGGCGACGAUAAAACUACCAAACCGUGGCAUCAUUCUACGGGAAAUCUCCUUGACGAGCAGAAGCCUUCAGCUCAUUCGUCGCCGUUGCAUCACUCCCCCAACCAUCUCCAUGACGACCAGAAGUUUGCAGGCCGAGUGAUGGCGUGGCACCUUUCUACAGGUGACCUCUGUGAUGACCGUGAGGACGCAGAGUCCAGUGAUGGUUCCACGUCGUCCCCACAGCUGAGGCAGCGUCCGACCGUCGCCAGGCGGGUCAGCAGCCGCCUGAGGAGCCGGAUGUGCAGAAGUAUGGGGGCCGAUCUGGACCAGCUUCUCCAGGAGGAGGCUGGAGGUGUCGGACCAGGGAGUAGCGAGGCGGCCCGGCUGAACCGCCUCCACCGGAUCUCCUCGUCGCUCAGCCUUUGCCACAACCUGUCGACCUCCUCGCUGUCGUCUUGCUGCACACCGCCUCGAUGCGACAGCGUCGGCAGUCUGGUGGACGUAGUCGAGAAGAAGGACGCCAGGAGGAGCCUCCCCAUCACCUCCACGUCCUCACCUGCUCAGCACGAAGGCCGCAGUCGGCAGUCGCAGUUGUUUCCCCUGGAGCCCAGAGAACACGCCUGGCUGGUGAAGGGGGCGAUGGGCGCCUGGCCGGACAUCUACUCUCUGUUCAGAGAGGACUCGUCUCUGCUCAACAAGCGAGACUUCAUGUCCGGCUUCACUGUGCUGCACUGGAUCGCUAAACACGGCGACCACCGAGUCCUCAACACUCUGUGGUACGGCGUUGAAAAGGCCGGUUUAUCCUUCGACAUCAAUGCCAGGGCGACCAACGGCCACACUCCUCUCCACGUGGCCGCCAUCCACAACAACAAAAAUAUCAUCCGACUGCUGGUCAGCAAGUUCAACGCCGACAUCCGGCUGAGGGACAUGGCGGGGAAGAAGCCCUGGCAGUACCUGAGCCGGACCGCCCCGCUGGACAUCUUCCAGCUGCUGGGAGCUCCGGCCAGAGCUGCUGUGACCGGACAAGGUGGAGUUCAGCAGGUCGACUCCAACUGGGAGCAUCAGCAGCAGCAGCAGCAGCAGCAGCAGAAACGGCGUCGCCAGCACCGCCUUUCCUCGGCCUCCGGACAACGACCACUGACGUACAAGGGAACGACGAAGGUGAAAAGGUCGACGUCGAUUGCCGCCUUCCUCAAACACAAAUCAUUGCAUCAUUUCUACGGACAUCAGCCUGACUCUCCUCUUUAAAGACCAAAACUUCUGGAUUAACUUCAUUUGGAGACUACUACAGCCUGACGGGUUUAUGGAGAACUUAACUGGAGAACUCAGGUGAUAUUUUUCUGGAUUCACUGACACCAGUCCAGGUUAAAUCUUGGCCAAACUACAAAGUGGCUCAUGGGUAAUUCAAUUUCUACUUGACCAUUUCUGAUUUGAGUGAAAUUUUUAUGCCAGAAAAUAUGUGUGUUUUGAAAUUUUAGUUUGAUAUAUCGAAUAUUUUCCAAGAAAUAGUUUUUUUUUUUAAUUUAGCAACUGUCAACCAACUUGUAGCACUUUUUUUGCGCAAAUAUGCAAAUGACUUUCGUUGUUAUUGUUGAGAUCUAACUCCUUUCUGUUAGGAUUGGGCGGCUUAGUCCGCUAUUAAUGGUUCAACUAAAAUCAUUUUUUACUCUUUACUUUUCAAGUAUUUGAUAUUAAAAAGUAUUAGAGAUUGUUUGAUCGACUUGUCCGAUAUUAGAGAUUUCAAGUUUUCAUCUUUAAUAGUUCCUGAGAUAUUGGUGUUCAAACAAACUCAAAUUUCAAUGUGAGGAGUGGGUUGACGGGCAAUGUUUGAAAAACAUUUUCUUGGAAAGUAGCUAACACAUAAAUCUAAAAUGUCAUAAGUAUCUUUAUACAUAGCUAAAGUUUAAGGUAUGAAAAGUUUCAGUCAAUCAGAGGUGGUUGAGCAGAAGCCCCUAAAGAUUUUAGAUGGAAUAGUCUUAAGGUGGUUUGCCACUUGUGUUCCACUGUCAUUUAUAGCAUUCUGCUUGUUGGUACUGAUAUGCUAAAGUCUCCAGUUCUCAGAUCUUUUCAUAUCAUGUCCUCCUUGAGAAGACUGAAAACAGUCAAGAAAGAAAAUAUUUCAUUUUAUCAGUCAAACACAAUACAAGAAAAACCAUAAAGAACUAAAGCAUGUUUUAAUGUAGCCCUGCUAGCUUAGUAUUAGCAUAACGUCCGCCCUCUUGGUGUAAGAGUUCUGUCAGACCAGUAUUAACAAUUUAUCCAAAAAUUACUUUAUCUGUGUAUUUGUAAGUUCGUGGUGCCAUCAACGUAACUUUGACUUGUUUCGUUGACGUAAAACAGUCUUGAUGCUGCGAAGAGAACGCAUUUUGUUUGUAUUAGCUGUUAUCUACCAUCUUGUUUUAGUUGCCGGUCCAAGCUAACUAGCAUGUAACCAGCACCUAUGUCAGUUUUUUCAACCAAAUGCAGUGCGAGGAAAACAACUAACGUAAUUGUUUUGUUUCCUCUACAAACAGAACUCAGUCGCUUCCUGUUAGCGUGUGGCUAGUUUUGUUGCUAGCUACUAUAGCUCACUGUCUAAGCAUCUCGUGGCACCCAAGUCAUGAUGACCAGUUUGUCUUUGUCUAAUGAUGGAACUACAAAGUAUUUUAAGUGGCCUUUGUUGGUGGAGAGUGUUAUCUGACAGUGGAAUGUGAGCGGCAGUGGAUUAAAGCAGCAUACCACUGAGGACAUGAUAAGAAUAAUAACUAAUUUGUCCUGCUGUUUCUCUUAGAGCUACAUAACUUUGAGGUUUUUACCGCACCUGUAAGCCUCCACAUUGUUCUGUUAGGUUUCUGAAGCAUGACGCAACUGUAAAACCUUAGUUUUAAGGAGUUUCUCACAGUUUAGACCAACUUUUUACAUUUACGCUUGAUUAAAACUAAAUGUCCUGCUCUGAAACAGCAGAAACCUUGACACUGUAACUGUGGUCAUCCUUCUCAGCUCAAAAAAUCCUUGAGCUCAGUCCAAACAACUGCAACAAAAAGGGAGCACGAGUUCCUCCAGCUGAGCCAACAGGUUCAGCAGAUACGAAAGCCAAAGAAAAGACUGUGUCACAAAGAAUGCUGGAUCUGAGGCGUGUGAUCGCUUUGAGCAGGGGCUGAUUUACAGGCACUUGGCAAAGCAGCCAGGGUUUCAGCAUGACUGUCUGAUGUCAUUGUUGUUGGAGGAAAGAAUUAGGUGGAAGUUUACGAGCCACGAGCCAAAGAGAGCUCCAGUUUCAGCCCGAAACCGAUUCAUUCGCCGAGACUCAUCCAGAGGUCAGAGGUCAGACAAAACAGAACAUACUGCUGCUUUGCUAAAGUGCACUUUACAUUCCUCUUUCUGUUCCAAACCAUCCAUCAGUUUGUUUGUUUCCAUCCUUUUAGGCAGCGUUUAGUGAGUACGAUACAGAGUUAGAUGGGUAGUGGACAAAAUAACACCUGCACAAUAUAAUCCAAAUCAUGAAAAAACUAAUAGAAAAUGAUGCUUUAGAGUUUAUCUAAGGUGGAUUUCAUUAGACUUGAGCACAGCCCGGUCAGCUCUUUGUGCUAAGCUAAGCUAACCACCUCCUGGCUGUAGCUGGUUUUAAUCAUACAGCUAAAAGAACAGUGUCCACCUUAUCAUAUAGCACUCAACAAGAAUACAACUCAGCACAUUUCCGGUAAUGUUGAACUGUUUGUAUUAUCAUCUUGAAUUGAAGUUUGAUUGGUUAAACUCAGAUGAAGUCUCAGUAUCCUUGUCAAUUAGCAGCCUUCGCUCAAACAUCGUCGUCUUCAUUCACCAGGUCAGAUAGUCUGACUGACUGGAAGUAGACUGUGAGUAUAAACCUGCAAAUCUAUGUGUUGUGAUUUUCCAAAUUCUCCUCAACACAAUAAAUAUCAAUGACUAUCACUUCCAAGAAACAUCUUUGACCGAAAAUUUCAAGUUUCGCGAAAGGUUUUGAUUUCUAAUGAAGCAACCCUGCUAGUUUUAUGGGUUUGUGAUUGGUUUAAAGAAAUACAAACGAGCCGAGCUGUUCUCCCCGCUAUACUGAAACAACAGUGAAGUGUAGUCGGACCAUUCUGUGCAGCGCUGUGUCAGUGCUACAGAAUAGUCUGGCUGUCCAAGACUAACCUCUACAUCCUCAUACAACUGGAGUUAUGUCCACUAAGUUAUUUUUUUUCAUUGUUAGACUUAACAUUGUGGUUGAAGCUGUUGGAUCCAAGGGCUGAUUAGGAGGUCGUUCUUGUAAACAUUAGCGCCACACAGAUUCCUCCUAAUUUUAGAGCUAAGUCGACAGAAACAUUUGGUGUCGGGGUGUUGUGUUUGCAUUAUUUUGUCCGCCCCUUUAUAUACUAAUUGUCAUGUUAUCGUCACAACAUAGUUAUUUUAGUAGGCUAACUUUGAUCACCAACCAAUACACCAAAGUGGCGUGUAUUAGCUACCUUUAGCUAACUUUGGUGCAACAGUCUUAGCCUUGUACGACCUCUAACUGAAGGUGGCAAAUUCUAGCUAAUGUCAGCUAACUUUGGUUACUACAGUUUUAGCGGAGUUGAAUAUAAAAAUAAAAUAAACUAGACAACUGCCACAAUCUUCCCAUUAGUUAUUUUUCUUUAAAAACCUUGAAGUCAGAUUCGUGAGCUACUCAGCAGCAAAAUAAAACUUAACACACGUCAUUUUAAGUAAACUUAAACUGGAAGAAAGUGUUGCUUAAAAAGGACGGGAAUCAAUUAAAACACUGCUGGAGGAUUUGGAAAGUGAUCAACAGAAAUGAAUUGUACAGGAUUUGGAGUUUAAUGGUGUAAAACACAAGUAUUAUUCUUUAACACCAUCAUGGUAAAAAUGUUGUGUUUUUGGUUUGUACGUAGUUCUGGUGUGAUGUUUACUGGGGUUGAAAUGUUCUACAAAAUUCACAGUAUUUUUCACAACAUUUGUCAAAGAGUAUUAAAUGUGUUUCACAGUUGAAGGUGUUUGGAUUUUGUAGCUUUAAACACUGUUUAAUUUUUCAUAUAUAUGCAGAGACUGACUAUAAUUUGAUGCUUUUUCUCUCAGAUCCAUUCUUAUCAUUUAUAAUUUCACUUUAUUUUUAUGGAGAACCAAAAGCGAUAAUAGAUUAUACAAGUAUGUGAUCAUUUAAACAGAAUGGUAAACAAAGGUUUUAUGUUUCCCUUUAGUCACCUUUGAUAAAUUUAAUAAAUAUUCUUUAUUUUUA